CCUCUUUCCCCCGAGCCUCCCUGCUUUGUGCCCUCGUCCUCUGCAGGUUCUGGCUGCUCUGCCUUCCGCUCUCCCACCUGCCGCAGUUAGACCAGCCAUUUCUGGUCGCUUGCAGGCUUAGGCGUGGGGAAUGGAGCAGAAAUCUGCUUAGAAAAGCUUUGUGUGGAAGAAGGGAUUUAAGAGAUUAUGGCAUCUGAAGCCCACAAUGAUAGAAAACGGAACCUUUUGCAUAUUGAGGGCCAUUCCAUUGAUCUUCCUAGGAAAAGGAUCUCUCAUUUCAUUAACAAGAACAUGAAGGAGGGUAAGAAAUCUCCAAAACAGUUGGCUGCAUAUACAAAUAGAACAGUUGGAUACACUGUGAAAAGUCCAGACAAACUGCACAAAGAAGUAUAUUACAGAAAGAAAGUUCAUCAUUAUUUUCCAAAUCCUUGUUACAGAAGAAAACACUUCCCUAGAAGCAGGGGCUGUGACAUGGCAAAUAAAGAAAAUGAACUGGCUUGUGCAGGCCACCUGCCUGAAAAAUUACGCCAUGAAGGUCGUACAUUUUUACUUAACGCUGGCGAUUCAAGCUCUUCACAAACAGAGAGCCCAUCAUCAAAAUAUAGUGGAUUUUUUACUGAGGUUUCUCAGGACCAUGAGACAAUGGCACAGGUUCUUUUCAGUAGAAAUCUGAGGUUGAAUGUAGCUUUAACUUUUUGGAGAAAGCGAAGUAUAAGUGAACUGGUAGCCUAUUUGGUGAGGAUUGAAGAUCUUGGAGUGGUGGUAGAUUGCCUUCCUGUGCUCACCAGCAGUUUACAGGAAGAAAAGCAGUACAUUUCACUUGGCUGCUGUGUAGAUCUGUUGCCUCUAGUAAAAUCACUACUUAAAAGCAAAUUUGAAGAAUAUGUGAUAGUUGGUUUGAACUGGAUUCAAGCAGUCAUAAAAAGAUGGUGGUCAGAACUAUCUGCUAAUACAGAAAUUGCAAAAGAUGGAAAUGUUCAUAUUUUAAAACAACAAUUAAGUGGAUUGUGGAAACAAGAAAACCAUCUUACAUUGGUUCCAGGAUACACUGGUAAUAUAGCUAAGGAUGUAGAUGCUUAUUUAUUACAAUUACAUUGAGAAGUAUCACCACCUGAAGAGGACUUCCUUAUUCAGAAUAUUCCUGGACUUUGUAGCUUCCAGAAAGAGGUCUCUUCUGAGAACUAUGAACCAAGGAGGGAAGUGGAAUCUUCCAAAAAUGCCAUGUAAUGAAACCACUAAUGAAAUCCUAACAAUCUACUUCACAUUGAAGUGGAAAAAUAUCCACAAGGAGCAUCUUUGACUUCAAUGAGGUGAAAGUGCACUAUGAAAAUUGUACGCCUUUGCUGCGUUUGGGAUUUGUAUGGUUAUUAGGGGAAAAGUUGUUUAGUGCUUCUGUGUCUUAUUGCAGUCCUUCAUAUUGCAUAAAAAUGUAAUUUAUACUACGUGAAAAGAUAAAAUGGGCAAGACAUUUUGCUGGGAACCACAAAGACCAAUCACCAUUAAUAUUUUUUUAAGAUUGUGUUUUCUAAAAAAAAAACCAACAAACCACUAAAUGUGUACAGCUACUUUGUGAUCAUAUUGAAAAGACUUUAAAGAUGUUUAAAACAAUGUAGCAAAUAAUGGAUAAUUUUUUCACACUGAGAUACUCUGUAAAGCAAGAUGCCUUAAUUAUUAGUAUGUUUGAAAAAGCCAAUAUAUUAUGUUACUUAUAUCUUUUAAAGCAGCCAUGCGUACAGGCAUGAAAUCAGGGGUUUUACAGUCAUGUAGAAUAUUGAUUUUGGAACCUAUUUCACACAAUUUGAAAAACUUGAGGAUAUUUCUCUGAUUUUUGCCAGAAUAUCAGAGUGUGUGUGAGAGAGUGUGUCUGUGUGUGUUUGUGAAUAUAAAAAGCUGAAUAUUAAUUGGAUGAAUGUUUAACUGGAAAUGUCCUUGAAGUUAGCUAAUUUAUAUUCACUUUUUAAAAAUUAUAUUGGAUAUCUAUUAUUUUUCAGUUCUGAAUCAUUUAAACUUCUUUUAUUUGAGUAAAUAUAUUAAAUGUUUCUCUCUUUUUUUUUUGCUUUUUAUAAUUCAUAUAAUGUUAUACACGUUCUAAAUUCUUUCUCAUCACUUGUGUUUUGGAUAGUAGUGUCUAAUGCUUUAGAAAUGUUUACAGCUAGAGUUGACCUUAUGUUCUCCAUCCAAAUAGUUGAUACACUACCUCCUCUAAUGGUUGCUUUGAAAUGGGGUUCAUAUAUACUCUUGGUGUGUACAAACCCAGUUUUGGUAUGAUUAAACAGUGGUAUGUGUUAAAAUUCCAUGACUUUUGUCAAUACACUUUAUAUUACCACUAGGUAGGGAUAGGAAAGUUUAUAUACCACCAACUCACUUAGAACAAGCUGGUAGGGAUCUGGCCAGAUAUUUUUGGGAAUCGGUUUUCCCUGAAAUGCCCCCUCCUGGGCAUGAAUGUAAAUCUAUAGCAUUUGCCCAGUCAGUGACUACUGAUGUGAAUACUGAAUGUACAUCUUUCUUGCUUUAAAAGGGUAGCUUUCACUGAUUCUGGAUGCUUUUAUUAUACAGUUAUGUCACACACAGUAGAAAACCUGUUGUGAUCAUUGCUUUGUUGAGUCUUUAACUUAAAAUGUUCCACAUUACUCUGAUUCUGUGAUCUUAAAAGGAAUUAUUUUUACCCAAGAGGUGAGAAGGUGGUAAGCAUUUAUUUAUUAAUCUACACAUUUGAGAUAAGAAAAUAUUAAUUUCCCUUAUUUCUCAUUUAUUACACUAGUAAUUACUGUUUUGAUUGAAUAGAUAGUCAGAGCUAGCUAGUCAGUUGAUUGGAAUGCAGUACUGAUGAGGCUUAGACAAUAGGGGUUUGAUUCUUUUUAGGCUAGUUAGCUUAAUAGAAGGAUAACUGUAUUGAGUGCCCCCAGCCAAUCUUCCAAAUUUGUGCCCUUGUUGGCAAGGGGAACCAGUUGUGGAUAGCCCAGCAUAAAGCAGUCAUUACUGGAAAAAUAAUUUGAAAAUAUAUGUUCUGCUGAGUCAGUAGUGUCUUUGGAUAUCAAAGACAGCAUUUUAUGAAUACUACUUUUAUUAAUACAACUGCCGUGUUGAUCCUUGCUUUGGAACAAAGUUUUUUAAAUUUUAUUUUCAUGUUUGAAUAGAUAUUGUUUAGUUGAUCUUAAGUAAAAAUAAGAUAGUGUAUGCUGUCUGUUAGACAAUAUACAUAAAAAAUAUAUAUAAUUUACCCCCACCUCCCACCCACAACAAAAGGAAGAAAGAUAAAGAGCCUUUGUACCUGAGCUCAGACUUUUUGGAUGGGAAUGCAUGCCACUCUACUUUAAACACUUUAAGCUGUAUAGGCAGCCUGAAGAUCUUCUAAGUGAAAACUGUUGAGUAGCCCAAACUCCUGUUUUUUUGUUUUUGCCUCUUGUGUUUUUAUUUCAGUACCUACCUCUCAGACUUUGAAAUUUGACUAGUGUUUGUAAGUGGCUUUUAGAUUGCUGAAAGAAAGGUAUUAGAUAAACAAGUAUAAUUAAAUACUUCUGGUGGUGUUAAGUUCUGCUCAGCUACAAUAAUUUUAAUCAGAACAGUGUUGAAUUCCAGAAGGAGCCAAAGAAAGUGUUUACAAAGUAUUCUGGUAAUUGUAAACAGUUCAAACAUGGUUUGACCUAGAUUAGGACAAUUGCAUGUUUGUUGCCCAUUCGUUGAACAGUAGCAGUGUUAGCAGAGUGGCUAUAUCUUAUAUGGAAUUUAAGGGCUAGAUGAGGUCCCUCCCCAUUGGGGACCAAAGAGACACUUUCACCUUUUCAGAUUCUCUUCUUAAUUUUGCAGCUUAGCAAGUCAUUGGGACUAGAAAUUUAAAGAUGUGAUUUGGGGUUAUCAUGUUCAUUUGGGUAGGUUGUGUUAUGAAGAGUUGAUCAUGAUUAGAAUGGCAUGAAAAGUUAAAAGGCAGGGAUUUUAAUGGCAUGGCUUUAAGAAAAAAGUGGCCUAAUGUUAGCAGUACCCUGUUUACAAAGCAGAAAUUGUAGAGAGGCCUGGGUUAUAUGAUAGUUUGCAUAUGUGCUACCUAUAUUUCCUUUGGGGGGGAGGUGAUAAAUUUUUGCAGCCAAACAUUGGAGACUACUAAGAAGUUAGCCUAGAUGUUCAUUUCUGCUAAGUUCUGUAAAGAACUGCUGUUUAAUUUGUAACUGAAUAUUUUGUUGUUAAAAUAAUAAUCUUACUACUGACCUUAGAAUUUUCUUACAUUUAGAAAGCUAUUGAGAAAACAAAUAAUAUGCUACAGAAAUAAAGAUUAAAUUAUUAUGCUCUCUAAGCAUAAGUCACAUUAUCAGCCUUCUUAGCUAUUUGCUUAGAUACUUAAAUCAAUCUAGGAGCUACAAAUGGAAGAAGAAGAAACAGUUUUCACUAAAAUCUGACACUGCUGCAUUAAAGUCUUAUCCUUCCAAACCCAGUUGCUUUCUUCUUAUUUAAAGUCAUGAUAAUAUCAGAUGCCACUGUCAGUUAAAAAAUAAUAAUUACAACUUAAGCAGCUGACUCAACUAGUAUGAUCCAUUUCAUAUAAAUACAGCAGUCUCAGUCUUUCAACAUAGGGUUUUUUGCCUUGUGGGUCACUUCAGCUAGAAAUAGUUUUGCUGAACAUCUGCUGUCUGGGAUUUCCUAUUCUUUUUCCUCUACCAAAUUACAUUUCAGGCUAGUUUGAGCAUUGUUAUAAUGCCUUUCUUUUCUUUUAGCAUAGUCUGAAGAAGUCUGAUACCUAAUGAUUUUAGAGUGAAGAAAACAUCUCCAGACUUUUAAUAUUCAUAUGAUGUGCCACUGCCUUUUUGGUUGUUUAGUAACAGCACUGUAUUCCUCUAACGUGAAUAUAGUAGGUCAUUAUUAUGACUGGAACCUGACUUGAGAUCAUUACAAAUCAACUCUGCAAGCUAAGCCAUAGACCAACCUCCACAAGUAGGAAACCGUUAGUAGCAUCCUCAUUUAAGAUUAGACUACCUUAUUAAGUUUGCCAUCCUGUAUGCUACAUUGUUGAUUCAAGAAUUUUGUUUCACAUCAGGUUCUGCCAUAUAAUCAGCCUCUGUCCGUAUCACUGCAGUGUAAUCUUAGCAUAACAGUGAAGUUGGUACUUACAGAAAGGACGGUGCAUGUUGGGGGUUUGAAGUUGGCAUCCUGUUUCCCUUUUGCUGUAACUUGGAAAGGGAAUAUUAAUCAACAUCUACCUUCUGCCCUGGAAAUGAGUCACAGAAACUCAGAUUUGAGUGCUGAAGGGAGGGAGGCCUCGAAGACAAUCUAACACAAAUUGUAGAACAGAAAUGGAUUCUAUAGUAGCCCUGAGAAGUGGCUGUAUUUACUUCGCCUUAAAAAAUACUACCUUAGAGGCCCUCUACUUUUAAAUAGUUCUAAUCAUGGCAAAGUUUUUUACUUCUAUCAAACAUAAAUCUGUCUCUGGGUCACUUUUACCCAUUGUUCUUAGCUCUGCCCUGUAGGAUCUUUUCUAUAUGACAACUCAAAGUAAUUUUCUCAAAUUUCACAGGGAAUCAAAGCUGAGAAACAAGGACAUUUGCUGAUCUCCAGUUUAUACUACUUCCAGGGUCUGCAGAGGUGACUGGUAACUCAGCAAUCACUUCUGCUAUAAUUUUUUUUUCUUUAUAUCAAGCCAAAAGCUGCCUCCUUAUACUUUUCUGUCCGCUGUUUCUGGAGCCAAGUAAAAGUCACAGCCUUCAUGUACUUGACAGUUUUUGAAAUACAUAGACAGUUGUUUGUACACUAUCCUCCCCCAAAUAUUUUUUUCCCAGUUCCUUUAGCUGAACAAGGUCUAUAAUCCUUUACUAUAUUAUCCUCCCAUCUUUGGAAAUGCCCAACUUUGUCGAUGUCUUUGCUAAAAUGUGGCAUCCAGAACUGACAUUUCAAACUGGAUGUCCCAUAAACACCUCAACUUAAUAAGUCCGAAGCAGAAUUAUCUUUCUUGCCCCCCACCGUCUCCCAAACCCACUCCUCUUCCGAACUUCUCUGUUACUAUCAAGGGCCCUGCCAUCCUUCAGUCACCCAGGUUUGCUGAGUGUCAUUCUUAAUAUCCUCACUCUUCUUCACACUACAUACCCAGUAAAUUGCCAAGUCCUAUUGUUUCUUUCUCUACAACAUCUCUCACAUACUUCCCUUCCUCUCCACUCACACAACAACCCAACCUUGUUCAGAUCCUCAUCACAUCUUGCCUAUACUACUACAAUAGCCCUCCAUUUGGUCUCUGUGACUUAAGCCUUUGCCCACUCCAGUCCAUCCUCCACACAUCUGACAGAGUGGUUUUCUUAAAGUGCAGGUCUGAUCAUGUCAACUUCUUUCCCCUGCUCAAACUCCAGUGACUCCCUAUUAGCUCAUGCAUGUAAUAUGAACUCUAAUGUUUAUCUUCAUAACAUGGCCCCCUCCCUUUCCAGUUUACUAAGGUAUUACUUCUGUCCUCACACUCCGUACCAACCCGUUGUUGCACUCAUGCCCUGUUCUGUCUCCAGUCUUUGUACCUUCACGCUAGCUAUGCCCCCCUGUCCCCCUCUCCUGCCUGUAAUCCACUCCUUCCUCACCUCUGGGCUUUAGAAAACUUGGUUUUCUGCAAGACUUCGCUCCAUUGCUGUCUUCUUCAUAAAGCCUUUCUAGCUUUCUAGGAUCCUCCAGCUGCCAGUACAUCCCCAACCCAAACUAAAGUGGAUUGAGUCAGUGUGUGUGUGUGUGUGUGUGUGUGUGUGUGUGUGUGUGUGUGUGUUUGUUCUAUAUAUGUGUACUAGUCUCCCUCUUCAGAAUGCAAACUCCUUAAACACAGGGACUGUUUUACUUUAAUCUUUGUAUUUCCAGAGCUUAGCAUAGUUGCUAGCACAUACAUAGUAAGUGCUUAAUAAAUGCUUGUUGAGUUAUUGGUAUGCUGUCAUCAGUGGAAAAUGCAGUGGCACUGUUAGGUACCCCCUUUGUUGUAAGUACUGUGCCUCUCUUAAUGCAGCCUAAGACUGUUACAUUUUCUGGCUGCUAUUACAUUAGUGACUCAGCAUGAAGUCCACUAAAACCUUUAGAUAUUUUCCACAUAAAUUAAUUUAGCUAUACCUUCCCCAUUUUGUACUUGUGUGGUAGUUUGAUGAACCUAACUUUUUUUAAAAUCUCUAUUAAAUAUUAUCUUAUUGAAUCUUUUCCCGAGUGUUUCUUACCAAAAGUCCCCACUUUGGUUCAUGGAUUUCUUUACAUGAGUACAUACUAGUAUACAUUUCUGUGUCAUCACCUCCUUAACAGAGUGCUGGACUUGGAGUCAAGAAGUACGGGCACAUCAUCAGAUACUUGUUAGUUCUGUACUGCCUUACAUACUUGUUAGCUGUUUUAGUUUCCUUAGCUGUAAAAUGGGGCUAAUCGAAGAUUAAAUGAAAUAAUGCAUGUACAGCACUUUACAAACCUUUAAGUAAUAUAUAAAUGGGAGUUAUUAUUUUGAAUAUGAUAUACUGGUGAUGGCACACAUCUAAUGGACUCUGUGAUACUUUUCGAGGUCAGAUUUUACUCUUGGCAUUAAGAUAUCUAGUUUACCUUAUCACCCAUACUUCACAACAUUUGAAUAUAGCUAUCCAAGGCUAUGAAUUUUAUUACUUUUAUUCUUUUUCUACUGAUUUUCUUCCUGUGUCAUAAUUGCUAUUUGCUGUACUAUCUGAUUUCAAAUAGAGAUAUGAUUGGUUUUUUCCUUCACCUUUCAUUUUCAGUUGAAAGUUUUCUUGAUCACAUUUGCAGGUCUUCAAGAAAAUUUAUUUUUUUCCAGCCAUAUUUGUAUCCAUUUUUUCCUUGGUAAAGAACUAAUCAUUUUCAUAAAGCCAGGUUCUAGAACCCAAAUUAUGUUAAUCAGAUACCAUCUUCUUAAGCAAUUGUUCACAUUCCCAAAUUCACCUUUUUCUUUUGAAGUCUGUAUUUUCAGUUGGUAGUGGUAAUGAAAAUAACACUUAUGUCCGUAAGUUGUUCAGUUUCUUGCACAAAACUUGAUUAUCCAGCAACAUUUUCUAGACUUCUUUUGGUGUGGUAUGCUUUAUCUCCAUAUGAAUUGUCAGUAGUGCAUAGCAAUUACCAUUUUUGACAAAUAUUGUGAGAUUUUUAUAUCAAAUUCCAAAUUUGAAUUCCUGGCAUUUCCCCAUGGAAAAUGGCAUACUAAUCUCUUUUUUUGCACCAGGUCUACAAAUGACUGUCCUAGCACACCUCUCCCUACCCCCCACCCCCACCCCAUUUCACUUCUUCCUUUGACUAGAAUAUGAACUAUUUCCUGGUGGCACUUGUGAAAACUCAUAAUCAUUCAACAAAUAUUAAGUGCCUACUAUGUUCAAAACAUUUCUAGAUACUGGGGAUCUUUCCGUGGCAUACAGGAUGCUGUUCCUGCCUGAGAACACCUGUAGUUUACCCUUAUCUUCCUUUGGAAAAGUUUCAUACCUAUCCCUAGUGCCAAAAGUGUAGUGGUUCUUUUUUCAUUUCAUGUUCUUCCAUUAUUUGGCCUUCCUGUACAGCUUAGAAUUCUUCUGUACCUCUGUAGAUUUUUUUUUGUCUUGGUUUUCCCUUUUAACCAUUUCUUCUCAUUCAAGCAACACUUCACUUUCCCUGGUAGUUUGGAGUAGAGAGGGUUCUUCAGCCCAUUCACCUCUGUAGUAGGAAGGCCAAGUAAUUUAUUGUACACUUUACUGCUGCUACUUGUCACUGGAGAAAUUAAACUAGAUAGCACAUUCUCUACAGAUCAAUGUAGAAUCCUCUUUGCCUUCUGUACUUGACAGAAUCAAAAUCCUUAAGUCUUUGUUACUCUUGUGGCUCUAACUUUUGAGUUGGUGGCUCCCACUUGCUUCCUUUCUCAGCCUGAUCCAUAGUUAGUUUCUUCCAGAGCCCUAAUGUAAGCAGGAACUGCCUUCCGUUCUCUGUAUGAACGUGCUAUGUAAAAGUCUAGCUUCUAGUCAGCUUUCUGCUACUUCAUUUCUCUUGUUUUCUUUCCUCCCCCUGCUGAUCAGACCUCAGACACCUACUUUGUGAUUCUUAGUUUUUUCAAUAUUUCAUUCCCUCACCUUGAUUGUAGAAAUCAUUAUAAACUCUGAAAUAUUAUCUAAAACAUUUCUAGAAUUCAGUAUCAUAUUUGUGUUUUCUCCUUGUAGGAAAUGAGGCAUUUGGACUUUUUCCUUUAAGGAUUUCACAUGCCUUUUGGGACCUAUUAUACAAGGAAGUAAAUUUAGUAUUCCACAGAGAUGUGUGAGACCAAAGGAGCUAAACUGCCAUAGUCUGGAACAAAGAUAUUAUUCCCUUUCUUUGUUUUUGUUUUUCACUAAAGCCAGGUGGGUUUUGUGCUAUGUAAGUUUUUGUACUGUUGGAGAGGUCAAUUGAAGUAACAUUAAUUUCGUAUAGGUUAUUGCUACAUUUAUCUUUCUGUUGUUUGCUUUUCACAUAAAGUACAUAAACCAUCUCUAAAAUGAGGGCUGCCUUUGUUGGUAUGUUUUCUGUUUCUGUCUCAGUUUGAUCUAAAUAUAAUCCAGAGAUUUAUGUGAGAUAGUAUUUCACACACCCCCCCUUUUUUUUUUUGGACUGAAAAAAAUUGAAGGUGAGAAGUUUAUUUUUUUUUUAACAUGAAUUGCCUGCAUAUCUUCUGGGAGAGAAACAGGAAGAGUAUGAAAAAGAAUGGAUUGAGGAAUACUUUGAAACCACUCGCAGUAUAGGAAUCCAUUUUCUCUAACAGUUUCUAAAUACUGAGGUAAAAAACCACUAGCAGAAAGAUAUCACAUAGCUAUUGUUUUGAUAUUUGGAGAAGAAACAUUAGUCUUUUGGGGAUUUUCUUUUUAAUUAGAAAUAUUUGGAGGCAGCCUUUCCAUUUUAAUGUAUUGACUUUUCUUCAAACAUCAGAAAUAAUUUUCUGAAUCAGUAGGAAGGUUAUUAUUCAUUAUUUGAAAAGUUUAGGUAUCAAUAUUAAGCAAAUCAGUUGAGAUAAGUAACGGUAUAGAGUUGGGAAUCAGUUUUUAGAUGAAUUCCUGCUGGUGAUAACCAUCAUAUUAUCAUGCUUUGGAAAGAGGGACCAAUCCAAGAUAUCUUGUAAUUUUAGCUCUAAAAGAUUAGGCUGAUUUAGUCCUUUCUGGUUAUUGCUGAAUAAUUUUACAAGAACCUCAUGACAGCAGUUUACUUUUACACUCAAAUAUUAAUCUUACCAUUAUUCUUCCUUUGUAAUUUAAGCAAAAUGUUGCCAUUUCCACAAGCUUUCUUGGGGAGGAGGGGAGGAAAGUUUUUUCUAGCUGAAUCUAGACUGAAAGUUAUAGAAAUUUUCAUCUUUCGGAACAAGCAGAAGCAAAGAAGUAAAGAUUGUAGCCCUAGUUCUUGGCAGAGGAGGCAAAAAAAAAGCAAAUUAACCUUUUUCUUUCCUGGCCAGCUCUGUCGCUUAAAUGACAACAUGAUUUUGCAGUUAUUUUGAUGACUCUACAAAUUGAAUAUUGUUAAAUGGUUAUCCGAAGUAGGAAUUGAUUUUAAAAUAGAUCUUGGCCAUUCUGGUUCACAUUUACCUUGAGUAAAAGGGUGUGUUUGCAUGUGCACAUGCAUGCAAAAGAGGAAGUGUAAUGAUGUUCUGUUAAAAUGUAUCCUGAAAUUAUUAGGUUUAUUUCCCUACAGUAUUACUUUUGCCACAGCAAAAAAUGGACAGAACUCCUUAGCAAAUUCUUAUAAUAAGGCCUGUGGUUUACAUUGGCUUUGUUUAAAACACAAGUAUUUAAAUGACCUUACAAUAUCAGCAAUAAAACUGUAUUCUACAAAUUAA